AUGCGUAGCGCUUGGGUUCUCUCCGCUCUGGCCGCUUUGUCCAGCUCAGCGGCUGGCUCGCCUCUAGAGAAAAGAUGCUCGAAUCCUAGUCAGUUUCCCGGUUCCUCGCAGGGCCAGAAAACUUGUACCAAGGUGACCAACGGGUGCCCCAACCUGGACUUCACCUGGAAGUCCUCCAACACCAACCAAAUGGUCUACGACAUCUCCAUGAAGACUGUCAAAUGGGUCAAGGACAACAUCUACGAAGUCACGAUUCACGUGCAAGGUAAGAAACAGAUCAACAUCAGCUGCAUCGAUGGAUUGAAAGUUAUUGGAAUCAACGGUCCUGACGGCGGCACGUUCUGGUUGUACGACAGAAACAACAAUGUGAAGCGUGUCGACAACCCUACGGACUACGACGCCACCUUCAGAGUUUACGGUCAAGACGACACGCAAGCUUGCAAGGUGUGGAUGCCCAACUUCCAAAUCCAGUACGAUUACAACAACCAAUGUGACGUUUCUGGCGCCAAGUCUUUCGAUUUGAUCACCGGUUGCAACAACUACGACAACCAAGGCCACUCGCAAACGGAUGCGCCAGGUUUCUACUGGGACUACCAAUGUAACGGCCAAGGCACUUGCCAGUCGUCCUCGUCGUCUGCCCAGGAGCCUUCCAGCACCUCGUCUACCCAGAAGUCUACUACCCCAUGUACCAAGAAGUCUACUACUCCAUGUACCAAGAAGUCUACUACCCCAUGUACCAAGAAGUCUACUACCCCAUGUACCGAUAAAACCACUACUACAUGCAGCAAGAAGACUACUACCCCAUGUACCAAGAAGUCUACUACCCCAUGUACCAAGAAGUCUUCUACUCCAUCAACUACGAGUACCGAAUUUAAGUCUUCUACUACUACCCCCAACCGUCCUGUCUCCGUGACUUCUUUGACUUCGUCAACCUCUUCUCCAUGCACCGAGAAGUCUCACACUACAUGCACCCACAAGUCUCACACUUCGCCAUGCACUGAGAAGUCUCACACUACGUGCACCAAGAAAACUAAUACCCCAUGCACCAAGAAGUCCAGCACUGUGAGUACAGCUUCCAAGUCUUCUACCACCCCAGUCCGUCCUGCAUCUGAAUCCUCUUACGCUUCCAGUUCCGAGUCGAGCUCCUGUUCCUCGUGCACGACGUACCCAGGUACUACUAUCCCAGGCUCUACUGUCCCUGGCACUACCAUUCCAGGUACAACCGUCUCUGGCACAACGUAUCCAGGUACCACGAUCCCUGGUAGCACCAACUGCAAGAGUUCUGCUCCAUCUAGCUCUGCUCCAGCUUCGUCUGCUCCAUCUAGCUCUGCCCCAGUUUCGUCUGCUCCAUCUAGCUCUGCUCCAGUCUCAUCUGUUCCAUCUAGCUCUGCUCCAGCUUCGUCUGCUCCAUCUAGCUCUGCUCCAGCUUCGUCUGCCCCAGCUUCGUCUGCUCCAGUUUCAUCUGCUCCAUCUAGCUCUGCCCCAGUCUCGUCUGCUCCAUCUAGCUCUGCCCCAGCCUCGUCUGCUCCAUCUAGCUCUGCUCCAGUCUCAUCUGCUCCAUCUAGCUCUGCCCCAGUUUCAUCUGCUCCAUCUAGCUCUGCCCCAGUCUCGUCUGCUCCAUCUAGCUCUGUCCCAGCCUCGUCUGCUCCAUCUGGUCCAUCGAGCUGUGUAACUGUUCCAGGCACUACCGUGCCAGGCUCCAGUGUUCCAGGUACUACUGUUCCAUCCACUGUUGUCUCUGGCACCACUGUUCCAGGCACUACUAUCCCAGGUACUAGCUACCCAGGCACCACUGUUCCAGGUACUACUCACUGCGGUCCAUCUAGCUCUGCUCCAGCUUCGUCUGCUCCAUCUAGCUCUGCCCCAGUUUCGUCUGCUCCAGUCUCAUCUGCUCCAUCUAGCUCUGCCCCAGUUUCGUCUGCUCCAGUCUCAUCUGCUCCAUCUAGCUCUGCCCCAGUUUCAUCUGCUCCAGUCUCGUCUGCUCCAUCUAGCUCUGCCCCAGUCUCAUCUGCUCCAUCUAGCUCUGCCCCAGCCUCGUCUGCUCCAUCUGGUCCAUCGAGUUGUGUAACUGUUCCAGGCACUACCGUGCCAGGCUCCAGUGUCCCAGGUACUACCGUUCCAUCCACUGUUGUCUCUGGCACCACUGUUCCAGGCACCACUAUUCCAGGUACUAGCUACCCAGGCACCACUGUUCCAGGUACUACUCACUGCGGUCCAUCUAGCUCUGCUCCAGCUUCGUCUGCUCCAUCUAGCUCUGCUCCAGUUUCGUCUGCUCCAUCUAGCUCUGCUCCAGCUUCGUCUGCUCCAUCUAGCUCUGCUCCAGCUUCGUCUGCCCCAGCUUCAUCUGCUCCAGUCUCGUCUGCUCCAUCUAGCUCUGCUCCAGUCUCGUCUGCUCCAUCUAGCUCUGCCCCAGUCUCGUCUGCUCCAUCUAGCUCUGCCCCAGUCUCAUCUGCCCCAUCUAGCUCUGCCCCAGUCUCGUCUGCUCCAUCUGGUCCAUCGAGUUGUGUAACUGUUCCAGGCACUACCGUUCCAGGCUCCAGUGUCCCAGGUACUACCGUCCCAUCCACUGUUGUCUCUGGCACCACUGUUCCAGGCACCACUAUUCCAGGUACUAGCUACCCAGGCACCACUGUUCCAGGUACUACUCACUGCGGUCCAUCUAGCUCUGCUCCAGCUUCGUCUGCUCCAUCUAGCUCUGCCCCAGUUUCGUCUGCUCCAGUCUCGUCUGCUCCAUCUAGCUCUGCCCCAGUCUCGUCUGCUCCAUCUAGCUCUGCCCCAGUCUCGUCUGCUCCAUCUAGCUCUGCCCCAGUCUCGUCUGCUCCAUCUAGCUCUGGUCCAGUCUCAUCUGCUCCAUCUAGCUCUGCCCCAGUUUCAUCUGCUCCAUCUAGCUCUGCCCCAGUUUCAUCUGCUCCAUCUAGCUCUGCCUCCAGUUUCAUCUGCCCCAGUCUCGUCUGCUCCAUCUGGUCCAUCGAGUUGUGUAACUGUUCCAGGCACUACCGUGCCAGGCUCCAGUGUCCCAGGUACUACCGUUCCAUCCACUGUUGUCUCUGGCACCACUGUUCCAGGCACCACUAUUCCAGGUACUAGCUACCCAGGCACCACUGUUCCAGGUACUACUCAUUGCGGUCCAUCUAGCUCUGCUCCAGCUUCGUCUGCUCCAUCUAGCUCUGCCCCAGUUUCGUCUGCUCCAGUCUCGUCUGCUCCAUCUAGCUCUGCCCCAGUCUCGUCUGCUCCAUCUAGCUCUGCCCCAGUCUCGUCUGCUCCAUCUAGCUCUGCCCCAGUCUCGUCUGCUCCAUCUAGCUCUGUCCCAGCCUCGUCUGCUCCAUCUGGUCCAUCGAGUUGUGUAACUGUUCCAGGCACUACCGUUCCAGGCUCCAGUGUCCCAGGUACUACCGUUCCAUCCACUGUUGUCUCUGGCACCACUGUUCCAGGCACCACUAUUCCAGGUACUAGCUACCCAGGCACCACUGAUCCAGGUACUACUCACUGUGGUCCAUCUAGCUCUGCUCCAGUCUCAUCUGCCCCAUCUAGCUCUGCCUCCUGUUACUUCUGGCCCAUCGAGCUCUGUUCCAGCUUCCUCUGCUCCUUCGAGCUUCUCGCUAUCUUCGAUUCCAUCUUCUGAUUCAAUGCACUACCGCAACUCUACCACAACUGCUAAAGGUGUGUCAACUGUCUCUACGGUUACAUCUGGCACUACCCCAGUAACAUCUGGUCCAUCUGGCUCUGCUCCAGUUUCAUCUGUUCCAUCUAGCUCUGCUCCAGCUUCAUCUGCCCCAUCUAGCUCUGCCCCAGUUUCAUCUGCUCCAUCUAGCUCUGCUCCAGCUUCGUCUGCUCCAGUCUCAUCUGCUCCAGCUUCGUCUGCUCCAGUCUCGUCUGCCCCAUCUAGCUCUGCCCCAGUUUCAUCUGCUCCAUCUAGCUCUGCUCCAGCCUCAUCUGCUCCAGUCUCGUCUGCUCCAGUCUCAUCUGCUCCAGCUUCGUCUGCUCCAGUCUCAUCUGCUCCAGCUUCGUCUGCUCCAGCUUCGUCUGCUCCAGCUUCGUCUGCUCCAGUCUCAUCUGCUCCAGUCUCAUCUGCUCCAGCUUCGUCUGCUCCAGUCUCAUCUGCUCCAGCUUCGUCUGCUCCAGUCUCGUCUGCCCCAUCUAGCUCUGCUCCAGUCUCAUCUGCUCCAUCUAGCUCUGCUCCAGCCUCUUCUGCUCCAGUCUCGUCUGCCCCAGUUUCAUCUGCUCCAGUUUCAUCUGCUCCAGCUUCUUCGGCUCCAACCAGCUCUGCUCCAGUCUCGUCUGCUCCAUCUGGCUCUGCUCCAGUCUCGUCUGCCCCAGUUUCUUCUGCUCCAGUCUCGUCUGCCCCAGUUUCUUCUGCUCCAGUCUCGUCUGCUCCAGCCAGCUCUGGCUCUGCCCCAUCUGGAUCAAGCUCUGCCCCAGCUGCCCCUGGUCCAUCUGUCUCUACUAGCUGUACCACCAUUCCAGGAACCACUGUCUCAGGCAGCAGCGUUCCAGGUACUACAGCCCCUGGCACCACAGUCCCAGCUACUACUGAACCAGUUUCUUCUGUCGCUGCUGAGCCUCACUCCUCGGAGUCUCCUAGCUACACGGAAUCGGUUGUGACUGUCACUUCAUCAGGUAUUGAGACUAUCUACACGACAACUUGUCCAUUGAGCGGAGUUUCUUCCACCGCUACUGAAAGUGCGCCAACGGACAACUAUGUUACCGUUACAGGAACCGAAUCUGGCUCAACUUUCACUAACACCUACACUACUUCGUACCCAUCCAGCACUUUAGACGCUACGUUUAGCACUUCUGGAUCUGAGACUUCAAAUAGCCAAGCUGCUCAAACUACCAGCGCUACAACCAGUGCACAAUCAGCAGUGGUGACUUCUUACACGGAGAGCGUUGUUACUGUUACUAACUCUGGCGUUGUGACAUCUUACACUACUACUUGUCCUUUGACCGAAAAAGCAGCCGCCACUGGUGCAUCUUUCACUGAAAGUCCUGUUACUACUACUCUAUCUGGCGCUUCCGCCGCGAUUACUUCCAAUAGCGUUGUCUCCUCUGCUACCAACAGCCCAUCCCCAAGUGCUAACGGUAAUGCUUCUCAAGCUUCUAGCAUUGUUGUGUCGCACACCACCGAGACUCCAGCAGGUUCCGGAUCUCAACAAGCUAGUGGACCUGCCUCCUCCAACACCGCUGCUACUAACGGAGCUUCGAACACUGUUGGAUCCACCACAUUCUCAUCUGCACCAUCCCAGACCCAAACUGUCUCUGCUGGUGCUUCUUCAACAGUUGCUGCAAUCUCAACCUAUGAAGGUUCAGCUAAUGUAUUAAGAGCUGGUCUACUUCUGGCCAUCCCUCUAGCGUUGCUAUGA